AUGACCAAUGCCCAGUCCGGGGGCAAGUUGCCCUCGUCUGGCUCUGGGCCCAUGACCUCCCCCAGCUCCCAGCUGGCGGCUUUUUCACCUUUCCAGCCGGACCUGGGGCCUCAGCCCGACUCAAGUCCUUUGGCCUCCCGUGCUCUGGACUACCGAAACAGGGACCCAUUCAGAGAAUGGAAUCUCGUGGCUCAAGCCGGACAGCAGCCCCCGCACUCCGGUACAGCUAUGGACGCCUUGAUUCCUCCAGGACUCACGGGCCAGCCCAUGUAUCGAACCUCGUCAGAUGCUACUUAUGGUGUCCUAUCAGGUAGAUCUACUAGUCCUGACCGCCAUGGGAACUUGAUGAGUCCGACUUACUCACCCGCUCAAUCUCGCACCAUUGGAAGGACUCCAGCUUCACGGACGCAUGGUCGCCGGUUCCUGGUUCGAAAUGUCUCUACCGAUAUCGAAGGGCUGACCGACCCUCAGGAAUAUCCAAGCAUGAUCGGCCCCCAUAUGAACGACCUCAACAUCAAAGGUCGUUUCUACAUUGGGUUCUCGGACAUUCGCGAGGCAAAGUGCUUCGUCACUAAGGUUGAGAGUAAGUUCUUCGGCUGGGAGCUUAUUCCUGUUUCUCCGGAGGUGUUCAACCGAGAGACGCGAGUCAACCUUCCUGUGCCCCUCAAUUUUGAUGAUUCCGUGUUGGUCACUCUCUAUUGCGGAAGUCGUUCCAGCGUGAGUCCAGCGAAUGUUGUGAAUAAAGUCAAGCCGAUACUCGAUCUCGUGGGAGAUGUGCACUCCAUCCAGGAAGUCCAUUUUGGGCACCCAUCGCGGGGAGCUCGCUUGACCGUACAUGAGCUGAUCGCCCGUUACUUCAAUUCAAACAACGCUAUGAAUGCUAUUCGUAUGCUCAACGCCAUCAGAACCGAGGACUUCGUCAUGGAGGUAAUCCCAUACCAUCCAGAAAUGGAAAACCAAGCACCUCGCCACUGGGCUUCAUCAAACAAAUCCCGACGUUAUGAUCAGCCCAUUCAGCCCGGGACUCCAGCACGGCGGGUGUACAUGUCACCCGGUGGUGAUCCUGAUGGUUCGCCGAUCCCUAUUCCUGACCGUGGGUUGGUGAGCAAUGUCCAUACGAUCGAUCUGGGUCAGAUCCACUACCAACAAGAUACUCGUACGACGAUCAUGCUGCGCAACAUUCCAAGCGUCAUGACUUGGAUGGAGCUGAAGAGAAUCAUUGAUCAUACCAGCGCGAACCGCUACGACUUCAUGUAUUUGCGAAUGGACUUCGAAAACAACCAGAACGUCGGUUACGCCUUCGUCAAUUUCGCCACGCCCAUGGAUAUACAUUCGUUUGUUGAUGCCCGUGAGGGUUGUACCUGGCCAGGAUUCCUUCGCUAUGAUGACAAGAUCGCCGAGAUGUCGUAUGCAACUGUGCAAGGCAAGGAUGCGCUCGUGGAAAAGUUCCGGAAUAGCCCUGUGAUCCUCAACUCUGCAGACAAUCGCCCUAAGCUUUUCCAUAUGGAUGGCCCCUUUGUUGGCCAUGAAGCCACGUUCCCGCCCGUCAGCAACUUCUACAUCCUGUCCAAGGGUGUCGAUCGCACCCAGAAGAAUGGUCUUUACCGAUCUGGACCUCGCACGGAUCCACACAUAGGAUCUCGAUACUAUCGCUACCCAGACCGCGCUGAAACCCCACAGCGGGCUAUGCCUGACCGGGAUCGCGGAUCCCCAAUUCGAGCGCCUCGUUGUGUCUUCGACCUGGGUGCUGCCUCUCGCACCGCUCUGCAGCAAUGGAAUUCCACCCCGCGUGAACCCCGGUCGGGUUAA